UGACAUUAUUUUUUCUUUUUUAGAUCAUGAACAUUACCAAAAAUAUAAAUUUAAUUGUAAAUAAAAUAUCUAUAAUCAAAAAUAAGUUAUUUUCUCCUAAACAUUUACUUUAUACUAAUGUCACAAUAUCUAUUUCUCUCUCUGCUAUUGGAGAUGUAUUAGAACAAUAUUAUGAGAUAUUAAAAGGUGAAUGGGAUAAAUGGAGUAUAAAUAGAACAAAAAACAUGGCUAUAUCUGGUAUGUCUAUUGGUAUAGUCUGUCAUUAUUGGUAUAAAUAUUUAGAUGCUAAGUUGCCAGGUCGUACAAUUAACAUUGUUUUGAAAAAAGUUUUUAUAGAUCAAUUAGUCUGUUCUCCACUUUGCAUUACAAUGUUUUUUUUAACAUUAGGUUUUUUAGAAAAAAGCAAUUGGUCAGAUUUAAAAAAUGAAAUUAUUAAGAAAGCAUAUAGAUUAUAUAUAGCAGAAUGGAUCAUUUGGCCACCAGCACAAAUUUUUAAUUUUUAUUUUUUACCAACUAAAUAUAGAGUUCUUUAUGAUAAUACUAUAUCUCUUGGCUAUGAUGUGUAUACUAGUCAUGUAAAACAUGAUAAUCUAAUGUAUAAUUCAAAAAAUAGUAAAUAUUGACAAAUUAUUUCUAGAUAGACUCUAUUAAAUAUCUAAUUAAAUAUAUAUAAUAUAUAUUGUUAUUAUUA